UUACAACAUAAAAUGAUCACAUUGUUUUGCACGAUCGGUGAUCUACGUCAGGGCAGGUGCAGUUUCGCGAAGCAAUGGGUGUCACAAUAUGUAACGUCGAAAUAGAACUAGAAGAUUAAGCUAUUAGCAUCGAAAUCAUCUGGCAGUUAACAGUUUGAAUUGCGACGAAAUUACCACGCUUUCCCCCGAACGCUUUCAUUGGUCGUCGCGCCCUCUAAGGUCAACGGUUUAUUUGCCGCGCAAACAUAAUAGGAUACUCUAGUUUCAAAACAUUAACGUACGUCUCGUCAUUGUGCUCGGACGCUGAUAUAAUCGCAGUUAUGGUGUUUUGUACUGUACGCGUGAUCGUGUGCUGAACGGAACAUGAAUGACAGCAGCAUGGAUAAAAUGCUGAAAUGAGGAUUCCUAGUUCGUACAUAGUGGCAUGGACGUAGCCGAAGCCUGGAAACUUUUACAGAAACAGGCCACUUCACGUAGCAAGUUCUCUGGACAUUUCGCCAAAAGGACCGCCAUUUUUCCGGAAGUGCCAUUUAGAAAACAAUUCUUCAGGCCGCUCAAAAACGUAGGGGAGAGUCGGAUACCAGUUCCAAGGGCGACCCGGCCCUCCUUCUUCCUAAAGUCAAGGUUGUUGGGCGCCUCGACGCUGGUACCGGGUCACCGACGCUCCCCGAUCCUGCCAGGAUGUUUGCAGUUCGUUGAUGCGGACACCGAGCCCGCCACUCCCAAAAUUAAGCGCGGUCCGCUGGGAACGGUAUCGUCCCCGCCGAUCGAAGAUCCGAGAAACAAGACGUUCACGAUAUCGCCAGUCUGGGACAUCGAGAAAGAUGACGUGCAACAGUUGGUUCACUUCACCGAGGAGAAGAGCAACUUUUUCAGCUUGCUCGAGAACUCUCAGCUGAAUAUGAUCGAGGACGCCGCUGAGAGCUGCCUGCUGGACGCGUCUACGGGGUCGUACAACGACAAUGUGCCGACAGGGACACCGCACUAUUUGAUGUUGAACAAGCAGAACUCGUUCGAGCACGACGAGAGCCUCGGUAUCCUAACCCCGGACCAGAUGACCGACUUCACGGUCGCGUUGGAGUGCUCCAGGACACCAUCCUGCGAGAACCUGUCGGGCUCAGCGGCCUCGAGACUGGCGUUGACGCGCGCGUCCGCCUCUACACCAUCGCCGGAAGAGCUUCCUCUCGAUCCGAAGCCUCCGGAGCCAGUCAGAGCUUCCGAUCCCAUCAGUUUCGUCACAUCGGUGACCAGCAUCACCAGCUUGGAGGCCGGCUAUCAGGGUGACGGUGAGAACUCGCGGCCAGCGAGCCGUGGAGCCGAUCCACCGUCUGUCGCACCCCCGGCGAAUCUGCCAGCGCCCUGCAGACAAGAUCCCAUGACCGAUUCGGACUUCUUCACGGAGAGCGACGCGGACGCCUACGAAGAGAUCGUGCGUGGGGAUAGGAAGGCUCAGGUGAUCGAUGGGACCCUGUUCUGCGCGCCAGGUGGACGGAGAUGUCCCAGCUUCACUGGCGAAGAGAUGGACUCCAGCGGAAUUUACUCGGACCUCGACAAGCGACAGGACGAGCUGCACGCUCCUGAAGAGACUCCUGAGGAGAACGAGGAUCGCACCCCUGACACCAUGGACACCGAAGUCUCUCAGAGGAGCCAGCCUUCUCCCGUGAAACCCGACGUUAUCAUUGAUCUGCUGCAGGUGCCGGUAACUCCGUUGGAAACGUCUGGCGACUCCAGCGGGUCGGUGCACACGCCGGAGGUGACUGUGAUCGAGGUGAAGAGGAACAACGACAACCUGAGAUCGUCGGCGAAGUCGCAGAAUAAUAAGUCGGACGCGGUUCCUCUAAAGAAGUACAAAAUGCCGAAGAGAAACGUCGUGUCGAAGAUCAAGGCGAUGAUCGAGUCCGGACCGAAGGACGAAAGCGAGAAGGAGGCGAGGCGAUCGCAGAGAUCCUCCAGAAAGAAUGGAGGCCGCUGGGACGCCGUGAUGAGCAAGAUAGAGGCCGGGAAGAACGAGCAGAGAACCAGGCCACCGAGGAAAGAGGUAAAGUCGAGGGUCCUGCAGAGCAUCGGCCAAAUUCCGCCCCCUGUCACCAAGCAGAAGAAAGCCGGCGAUGCGAACAAUAAUAAGGAUAAAAGGAGACUGAGGGGUCGCCAAGACAUGAAGUCGCCGACCGAGGAGACCGCGAGGAGUUCCGUUCGCAGCUCCAUGAGCGACCUCAGCACCGGGCCUAACAAGGACACCUCGAAGAGGUCACCAACGUCGACGACUCCGCCCAGAAGAAUGGUGGCGAACGGACGCGGCAGCCUGCAGAAUCGCGUCAACAGCUUCGACAAUAAGAAGAGCUGCGUGGAGAUCUCGACCGUCAGCCUCGAGAAGAGUCCGUCAGCGACGCGAAAGCCGGCUACAAGAAGAUUAACGAGCACCGUCCCGACGAAGCACAGUUCCACAACAGCGUCGAAAGAUCGGGAGACCAAAGAUCACGGCUAUGUGGUGAGCAGGGCGUCCCUGGAGACCCGGGACCAGGCCGCGCAAACCGACGGUCUCUUCAACAUCAGAAACCAGACGACCGAGCAAGUCGUCCAAGCCCUGUCCGUCGCCGUGCAGUACUUGGCCUAUGAGUUGGACGCAUUUUCUACCCCGAAGCUCAAAAAGGAAUUGGAGAACAUGAAAAAAGAAUGGAUGUCGAGCUGCACGGAAAUCGAAGAGCUGAGGACUAGAAACCUCGGCAUUGAAGAGAGGCUCGAGUCGGAGAGGGAGAAUCAUCGCAGAGCCUUGGACCAGCUUCGUGAAGAUCUGGAAGCUCGACACGCGGAGCAGGCCGCGACGCUGGAGGCGGCUUUGCAGGAAGAGAGACGCAGGUUGAGCGAGGCCGCAAAGGAACAUCGAGCCGCGUUAACAAAAUUGCGAGCAGAACAAGAGGCGGAAUACACACGCAGGGAAGCGGACUUGAAGCGACGGUCGGUGGUACACGAUCAGGGAGCGGCGUUGACGGCGGAAGUCGAAUCGUUGCGCUCGGUGCUGGAGAUCCGCAGCCAGGAGAUCGCUCUGUUGCGAUCCGAACUGGACAACAGCAGGCGCGAGAUCGAGGACAAAGACGCGUUGCAGCAGCGGGUGGACACGCUGGAAGCUCGGUGCGAAGAUUUGAAGGCACAGAUCCAGUGUAAGGAGUCCCUGGAGAGGCAGAUCGCCCACGAAAACGAGGUGCUGCAUGAGUCUAUCCAUCAGAUCUCGAAGCAGAAUAAACGUCUGGCGCAGCGGAACGAGGAGCUGCAGUGGAGGCUGCGUCAAAAAAACGAGGUGGUGACCGUUCUUGCGAAUCUGACGCCUAGGCUGUCGCGGUCCCUGGGCCCGGAGCAGGUCGAGCACACUCUCUCGCCGGACAAGAACGGUCCCCAGUCGUCCUCGAUGGUGAAAUUCAUGGUGGAGAAGGGCGACUCGGUCUCCUGGACCCUGGAGAUCGACGACGAGAUGCUAAAGAGCGGCAGCAGCGCGGACGGGUCGCUGGCCACGCCCUCGAAAAUCAGUAGGCCGGAUUCCGCAUCCGUGUCCAGACAGGGAUCGCUGAGAUUGACGCCCAGAAGAUCAUCGGUAGACAUGAGAGCUAGGUCGAAGAGCAUCUCCGUGACCGAUCCCACGCGGGUUGAGGAGUCCGCGUGGUCCCCAUCAUGCAAUUCCACCCCGAUCCCCCGGCGAAGACCCAGGAGCGACCCCUCGUCCUCGUCCUCGUCGACCUCCUCGUCCUCGUCCUCCUCGUCCUCGUCGAAUUGCGCGGUCGCUGUCGCGGUUGCAGCAGCCGCAGCCGCUGCCGCUGUCGCCGACGACUGCGGCGGAGGACAAAGGCCGCAGGAGGCCGGCGGCGAGGCGAUGAUCUCCGAGGAGACAUCAGCAACUAGCAGCGAGGACGAGUCGUCGACCAGCAGCGACAUCCCGCCGCUGCCCAUACAGUUCGCCUGGGGCAAACCGAUCAAGUAACGUCCUCGUGGACGUUUCGUUUUGUCGCGAUCCAGAGCCCCAAACGCAAACGCCGCGUAUAGAUCAUCCGCUCGAUGAUCGCUCGAUCACUCUCGUCGCCGGAACUCGUUCUAUGUACGCGCACCUUUUUCUAUUACCGUCUGUACCUGUUAUACUUGUAUGUAUCCGAUCGCGAUCGGCGUAGGCGUAGAUCCGCGAGGAAUCGAGUCGGAUACGCGUUUACUAUACCGGACCCCGGCGAGGAGGUCCGACGAGUUUGCUGUUACGAGAGCUUAAAACGCGAUAGCUUCAGCAUGCUUCGAUUGCUGGUGAUCGUCUCCUGGAAGCCACGAGCACGAGCGUUUAGAUUAGAGACAAUUUUUACAGUGUGCAAGUGUGCUCUUUUCCGAACAGUGACUCUUCUCGCCGAGCUGACUUUUCUUCGACGUGUAUCUUUGUUUCUCGACACGGCCGCCUUCCGUGUCCAUGCUCGUAAUUAGUCCAUGGUUUUCGGUUGCUUCGAAGCGUGAACGGAUCUUGCAAUGUAUUCGUUGACCGGUUCCGCAGCAACUUGAUUUUGUUGUCAGGAUUAUUUAUAACCAACGGGGUAGAUGAGAUGACACCGUUUGUGGAUUAGGUCUGUGACGGAUCCAUUCGACGUACAGGGUUCGUUCGAGUCCGUAACAAUCAUCCCUUAUUUGUAAAGACAUGGUUCUGUGAAAUUUUACCGAGGUAGGACUGUAGGCAAGUUUGAGUUGUUGUUGUAUCGAUGGACGCUUAGGCGAACCCUGUAUUCGCCGGAAGGGGGUUCAAAGAGAGAAGUCUCCUUUAAAAUAGAGAAAAGUGCGCGUAGAGAUUAUCGAAUCGUUUUCGUUGGAAGAUUGAUCGAUGGUAGGAUGUUCACGGGCUACCGAUGGCGAUUCGCGAAGCCACGCGUUUCGUAGAACCGAAUCGAAUCGGGUCACACAGGUGUGCGCAGGGUUCGAUCAGAGACCUCGAGGCUUUUCGAGGGGCUCGAGGGUGCCAAGAACCCUCCUUUUAAUGAUUGUCCGUACAAUCGUUUCGCUGGCAAAGCAUCUAGCUUAAUUAACCGCGAAACGCUUGCGCCGGUUCUGGCUGAAGAACCGGCGCAUAAUUCGACAGCCUCGACUCUGAGAACUGUACACUGUGUUUGUUUGAUUCGCGACACUUUUACACAUGUCCGUUUUAUAAUGUAUAAUGCGUUUAUAUUUCGUCUGUACAUAAACAACAACGAUGUUUAUAAAUUAAUUAGUCUUUAUCGCAGACAUUGUACAUAGACAACGACCGUCAGUCAAAGCGAUGAUCCUCGAUGAAAAGUGAAAAGGAAAGAGCAAAUAUGAAUAGCGAGACGAAACGAAAGGGGGAAAACAAAUAUUUGUGCUCUCACGACCAACACUAACUCGUCGUUGAGAUAUAUACACGCGUAUAUUUCGCAUAUGUAAUAUUACAUAUGCAGCUUACCGAACAGUACGAUUAUCGUGGUUCGUCGCAUUCGGAUCGAUUCAAUAAUUUUUCUUCUUGCCUACUACAGUCCACGUGUCGACCAUCACAAGUCUCGUGUCUGGGACUCUUUGCGAACAAUGAGUUUUUAUAACGUUUGACAUUUUAUCAAGGCAGAUGUAACAGUCGCGACACUCUUUUAUGGGCGAAAAAGAGUACGUUGCGAUGAACAAUGUUUGCUUGCAGCAGGAGUUUGCCGAUUGUACGAUUCUUGGACCCACUAUAUCCUGUAUCAUAUUAUUUUUCGUUCUAUAACGGUAUCUUUGUUCGUUGCAGUUUACGCAGUUGAUGCAGUUUUGAGUGUUUUCUUUUUUUUUUUAAUUGGAUCAAAUUCUAGGAAAAUGUAAAUAUGUUUGGUUGGUGUAUAGCGGUAUUUCGUAAUAGGACCUAGAUGUACUUUUAGGAGACGAAGAGUUCGCGAACUCCUGUUGUUAGCAAAUCAAGCAUUUUAUUGUCGACAUUAGACCACGCGAUUCAAUUUUAACCGCUCCGUUUUUCGCUGCGAUAUCGUGUUUACAGUUGAUAAUACAGGCAUCACUUUUGUCGUGUCGACUGCCGUGCGUUGAUAAAUAGUCGAUCGAACGUGCAUAUGUCGAUUCGAAAGAAUUGAAACACUCUGUUCCAUGGACAACUUGGAGGGGAAAAAAGUAUGUUCGGUAGCAGUAGUAUAGGAAUAUUUGGAGGGUGUCGAAUUAUAAGGAAACAGCAAGUAUUAUUCGCCGAGAAGUGUGUGUUUCUCUCACAUGUGCUGGCAAAUUCAAUGUAUUAUAUACCUAUCAAAUAAAUAUUAUCUGAAUUAAGAUAAA